CGAACACGCACGUCCGAACAAUUCCAUCCUAGCUAGCUAGCAGUUCUCAUCACGCCAAGCACCUACGACGAGCAUGGCCGCCAGAGCAAGAACCCACGGCCCUCUCUUCUCCCUCCUCCCCCUCCUCCUCGCGGUACUCACCGUCGGUAAUAGCAGCAGCAGCCGGUGCCCCGGCGUGCCGUCCAUGACGGCGCAGCAGGCGUGCGGCGCGGUGGCCGGGACGCGGCGCAUGCUGGAGCUCUGCCUCCGCACCCUCCGCGGCGGCGCGCCGCUGCCGGUGACCCGGCACGCGGCGGUGGCCGUGCGCGGCGCGCUCGACGCGUACGCGGCCACGGUGGCCGCUGCGACGUCGCUGCUGGACGGCGGCGCGGUGCCGGCCGACGGCGAGAGGGCCGCGUUCGGCAGCUGCAUGGUGGGCUACGGCAGCGCCCGCGUCGCCAUGGCGCGCGUCGCCGCCGACCUCGCCGCCGCCGGCUGCGACGGCGGCGGCGCCCGGGCCGCGGAGCUCGAGGCGGGGUACACGGCCGGGCUCCGUGGCAUGGAUGCGUGCACCGGGGGCAUGCUCAGCUACCCGGCGUCGCCCUUGUACGCCAGGAACCUCGCCGACCGCAACGUGACCUUGCUCGCCGCGUUGCUCUGCAGCCUCGUGCCUGCGCCGCUGGCUUGAGGACGCCGUGGUUGAUGUGUUAAUAGUCCUAGUCACUUGGCUAGCCAGAGAGUAUUCGGUUGCAGUGUAUGUACCAGUAGCACUGUUAAUCGGUGGAACCAGACAAGCGAUUAAAUGUGCCAAAUGGUUUGCC